AAGCUUUUUUCUAGUUAGAUCAUUAACUGAUAUUUUUGCUUCUUAAAUGUUUACAGGAUAGUUGCAAUCCUUUUUCUUCCAGCCAUAUUCUAUAUCAUGCAAUCACCUGCUGUGGAUACCCAGGACCUGGGUUCCUUCUCCUUAUGAAGAGUAAGUCACUACACAUAGCCGCCUACAUGACUGGGACGAAGUUAAAGGUCAACAGAACUCCUCAAGGAAGAAAGAAUGUACGGACGGUAUCCUAAGCCACAUAUCUUGAAAAGCAUUGAAGCUCCCCUCACCAAUCACUGUUGAUGACAAAUCUCAAGGCCCCUGGGUCAGGAGACCCUGCUAAAACUCUGUUCUUAUACCCUGCGGAAUGUCUUUGUCCUAAACACUUAUAAGCUGCCUCUUACACCCCUGCACUGACUUCUCAAAUGGCCACCAUCAGGAAAAAUCUCCUGUUCGUAAGUCCUAGUAAAACUCAUGUCUGACUCUGUGCCUAGCAUGUUCUUUGGUCUUAUGGCUGCGCCAACCCGAGCCCUUCAAGAGCUGGGUUGGAACAUCUGUCAACUUAUUGACUGUCUGAAUUGCCCCCCACUUUUAACAUCAUUAUCAGCAAAGGAAAAAUUACCAAGACAAAAGAACCUAGGGGCAAUUUUCUGAAAUUCCAAGAUAUCUACUAAAGAAGGCUACCUUGCAAACAACAGUCAUAGACAGCUGACAGUGAAACUAGAAAUUGCUGCUAGCACAGUGGUGACCCACCUUGAAAGUCGGGGAUGGGUGAUAAAUUGAAGCAAAUUACAAGGGCCUGGACGGUCUGUCAAAUUUUUGGGUGUUAUCUGAUUGGCACUGUAGGAAACACAUUUCUCCAGUGGGCAGCUGCAGUAACCUCUGCACAUAACAGGUCUCAGUGCUGGGUAUGCACUGAAUUGCCAUCAUCUAGUGCCACCGGCCUCCCGUGGACCGUCUCUCCUGCCAACAAGACGACUUGGGAUGCCAUGCUGAUGUGGCAAGACACUCACCAACGGCAAGUGUGGAAAGACUUCUUCCCUUUCUCUGCAUCACCGAAUAUUUUUCCCUCCAAGACUGAAUCUUAUUCUUACAUAUAUUCCCUGGUCCGAGAGCAAAUUAAUAAACCCCGGCCUUUAUUGGGGUAUUCUGUAGAAGAUGGUUUUGGAUGGCUCACUGCUGAGGCUGUAACCAUAAAUAAAGUGGCGCCGGUUUGUAUGGAGCGUACUGAAGGGUAUAAAGAAAUGGGAUGGCUGCCUCUUGAACACUGUGGCAUGACCAUCCACCUACAAAAGAAUAGCUAUUUUCAGUGGCAAAAUGUUAACAUUAGCCAUGGAGCUUAUCCAUCCCCUAAGGGAUGGCUCUGGACCUGCGGGCGGAAUGGCUGGCCCUACCUGCCCUAUGACUGGAUUGGACGAUGCACCUGGGGGCAACCCUAUGUGCCUGCUACCCUCUAUGACACUUUACCACACGCACCCAGCAAUUGGGAAAUGGUAAAAACUAGAUAUAGAAUAAAACGGACUGCUUGGUGGUUUUAUCCUUUAGCUGUUUUAGCCCCAGGUGGUGCCGCCAUAGUAGCUGAAACACAUAUAGCUGCUUUAGCUAACCACACCGCAAAAGCACUCAAUGAGUCAAAAUUAGCUAUAUCAUUGCUUAAUGAUGAGACUACACAACUUAGGAAAGUAGUCUUACAAAACAGAAUGGCUCUGGAUAUUUUAACCGCUGCCCAAGGAGGUACCUGUGCUUUAAUUAAUAUUCAGUGUUGUGUAUAUGUACCUGAUAACUCAAAAAACGUGACCCAAGCUCUUAAUCACAUGCAAGAUCAUAUACAAAAUAUUGAACAUUUAUCUAACGAUCCUUUGUCUAACUGGUUUAAUUCUUUAAUUUGGCCAUGGCGCCAGUUGUUAAUAGGAUUACUGUGCAUAUGUACUGGUUUACUUGUAUUCUGCUGUUCACUGUAUUGUUGUUGUGGAUUAUGGAUGCAAUUUCUGUCCUCUAGUCAAUGCAAAUUGCUGCGUGGGGGUGGAGUGUGGAAACCCCGGGCAUAGGACAUUCACCAAGGACCUUGAAGAUUGCACACAGCAGCUUGCAUGACCUAUAUCAGUUGAGGUUUGAUGUAUUCUCCUUGUAAGAACAGAUGCUACCUGUAAUCUAUACCCGAAACUAGCUCCUUCCUGAGAAUCCCUGAGAUACUGUUAUCUACAAGAUAAUUUAUAACCCUCCCCUCCUCCCUGUUGAUUACAAUCAACCCUCCCUACGUUGCAGGACCCCACUCCCUGCCUUAUGCUCUAUACCCAUUGGAAUGUCGAGCCCUUAUAACCAGCUUAUUCACUUCCCCAAAGGGCGGACUAUUUCUACGUUGUGCUCUGAACUGGCUGCCAUUCAGAGCAGCUCCUGAAUCCAUUCAGAGAGGCUCCUGAUUUCAGGGCAACAUGACUGAUUUCCAUUUUUUCCCUUAGUAAGUAAGCCCUGAAUAAAAAGUUCAUGCCUCUGAACAUGCCCGGCACCUUCUUUGGCCUCUUGGCAGCAAAGGCCCACUUGGGCCAUGACACAUAGUACAUAAGAAGACAAAAGAAAAGAGUGAAUAGGAGGAUGGUGUUUGCAUUCAUUAAUUUUAAUAUAUUCUUACUAGAAUUGUAAACAUUUCUUAGGUUUCAAAAUAUGUACAUGUCAUUUUAUGGCUUAUUUACUGAAGAACU